CCCGCCUUGAUACCUCGUAGGUGUGCCAAGUUAACGUACGUCGUCGGGAUGUUUGCCUCUGCCUGAAGUUACACCCACUUCGCUGCUCCAGCCUGGUCACCCUCGUCCUGAUCUUUGCCACAUUUUCAACCCUUAACUUGUUUGUCUUUGUCUAAGAUGUCUUUGAGUGAGAAAAGUGACGGGGAGAUCAGCAAGUUGCUUGCUGAGUAUGGCAUCAAACAUGGACCCAUAGUAGACUCUACUCGAAAGCUGUAUGAGAAGAAGCUUGAAGAAGCCAUGGAGAACGCUCAGAAGCAGCCCUCGUCUGAUAAGACCUACUACAGAGAGGAAGAGGAGGAGGUUACCUACAUCACAUACCACAGUCCGGUUAGACAAGAGGUUUAUUCAGACAUGCUGAAACGAAGAGGCCAUGCUGAGCCAGAGGAAGACGAGGAGUCAGACCCAGAUACAGAGCCCCCUGUCCAGGUCACUAACAGAACAGCCAAUCACAGCGCAGUACGAUCCAAGAAGCCAGUCAAGAAGUCUGGAAGCAGCUUUUGGAAGAUGAUUCGGCUGCUGCUGCUGUUAGCUGUGGUAGCAGCCGUCCUCUACUACGCCUACUGCCGUGUGAACAACAAUGAAGUAAAUCCUUUUGGGAGUCUGUGAUCAGAUUUAUUGUUAGGAAGACAGGGUUUUUUACCAUUCCAUUUCUCCUCCGUUAAUAUCAGUAGUAGUACCGUUUUUUUUUUUUUUAUCCCAAUGCAAAGUUUCACCACAUUCCUUAAACUUUUAAAGGCUGCUAAUAUUCUAUAUUUCUUAGUGUCACCAAAUUCAAUGAAAUGAUAAAAAACUACAGUCUGUGCAUCCAAAGCCUGGUAUAUCUCAUUUAUCAGGGUCAUCAGUGUUUGGGGGCGAUGGUUUGUUGGGGCGGCAGUAGUUCCAUCCAUAGGGACUAAGGUUGGGAACCGGAGGGUCGCCAGUUCCCCUCCUGGGCAUUGCCGAUGUGCCCUUGAGCAAGGCACAGAACCCCCUACUGCUCGGGGUGCCUGUCCAUGGGUAGCUCCCUCACUCUGACAUCUCUCCAUUUAGAGCAUGUAUAGGUCCUGUUGGUGCAUGUGUGUGUAUUUCAGGCCUGUAUGACAACAGUGAAAAAAAAAGAAUUUCCCCUCAAGGAUCAAUAAAAUAUAUCUUCUUCUUCCCCAACCAUUAAAUUGGGGGGUCUAUCAGACCCCCCUGACGGCCUUAUUGGCGAGGAAUUAUUGAUGACAUUAAUUUGUUUUGGUUUUUUAUGGUUCCACACCAGCACUAGUCAUGGCCUGAGGCAUUAUGUUUUCAGUUUGUCCGUCCAGUACAUACGUACAUACAUCUGUAUGUCUGUCCCAUUCUACUGAAUGCGAUAUCUCAGCAACGCUUUGAAAAAGAAUUUCCAAAUAUACCUCAAACGACCACUUGGACUCAACGAUGGUUUUGGUGGUCAAACAUCAAAGGUAGUUUUGACCGUGCGUCUGUCUCAUUCGCAUAAAUGCAAUAUCUCAGCAACACUUUGAAGGAAUUUAUUCAGAUUUUGCACAAAUGUCCACUUGGACUCAACAAUGAACUGAUUAGAUUUUGGUGGUCAAAGAUCACUGUGACCUCAAAAAAUGUUUUUGGCCACAACUCGAGAAUUCAUACGAUAAUUAUGACAAAACUUCACACAAAUAUCUGAUAGGAUAUAAUGGCAUAGUGAUGACAUUUUAUAUCCAAAAGGACAUCUUCACUGUGACAUCAUAAUGGUCUGCAAAAACACUUUUCUGACCAUUAUUAAACGUCAUAACUCAGGAACAGAUGGGGAGACAUUUGGUUAGAUGCUAAAUUGGUGACACUAAUCUUUUGUGUCCACCUUAAAACUGUGCUGAUUGUACAGAUCUUCUGUGCUGCCAGGUUGAAGAUGUGUGUGAAACACUGUUGUUCUAGAAUCUGUAUGUAUCCAUAUUUGAAGCAUUGUCUACUGUCAGGACUACAUAUGAGUCCGGACAGACAUGGAUAAAAACUGUAACUGCAACUUGACUGCUUUUAUAAUAAAUGAAUAUAUAGAUAUUAAGAAAUACACUUUUAAACAUUUAGGGUUGAAAUAAUGUCCCUUAAUCAUGUGUAGUUCUAGUAUGAAUGAUUGAGUGUUUGCUCAGACCAUGCAUUAUUCCUUUCAGCUUUAGAAUGCAAAGUUGCAGCAGUAUGCACUGCUAAAGAUUUCCAUCUUUACUAAGCUUAUUGCUGAGAGUCACAGACAGGCCAGGAUAAAGACACUAGACAGAGUAUUGAGAUGCAGACAAACACAUAGUGAGACUGGUCAUGGUUUUGGUCUUUUCAUCGGAUUUGUUGACAAUAAUGAAAAUUAGGAAUAACGCUCGCCCUUUGCUUUAAUUUCUUUGCAUGAAAUGUUGCACUAUGUUUUCCAGCUAUGCAGAGCUCUGUGUGUUUGAUUUCUUAUAUGCAGCUGUCCUCUAAUGUGAUUUGUUCUUAUUUGUGAGAUGCACAUGAUGAUGUCAUGUAGUACAAACUGACUGGUGAACAGAGGCUGUCCUCUACAUCACGUCGGAUCAAAAACCAAAGGCUGUUGUGUAUAUGUGCUGAUAAAUCUUUGAAAAAGAUCAAAUAAAAAAUCUCUCCAGCUCCCUAG